GAGCGCGGGCGAGACAGAGCGCUGCGAGCGAGGCCAUGGCAGGCGGCUGCGACCCUAUUUCCCGCUGAACAAGUCUUUUCUCGAGCAGCCAGGACCUUUUGCGCCGCUCCCCCUCCCCUGAGUGUUCGUGAGUGCAGGCCAGCGGGCGACAUGCGCGGGUGAGGGCGCGGGGGCGCAGGAGAGACACCAUACGGCCAGAGAUGAGCUGGGUCACGUGACCUUGCGCUGAAAAUGGCGGCGGUGGCGUUCGGGGUUUGAAGGCGACGCGAGACAUGUCAGGCGCGCUGGGGUGUUUGUGUUCGCGCUGAUCGGGACCAGCGCCCUCGCCACAGGUGCUCUCAGCCUCCGGGCCGGCGAAAUGUCCGAGAGGAAGAGGAAGAGAGGGCGGCCCCGCUCGACUCCGAUGCUCAGUUAUGGGGCAGAGAUGAGGAUGAGAAAUAGCGUAACGAGAAUAAUUAAGAAGCCGAGAUACCUCUUAGAUCAGGAGGAGGACAGCAACCCCUCGAGGUCGUGCUCGCCCUCAAGGUUUCCCGAGGGCGGGGAAUUCCGCGGCGUCGGCGGCGCCCACGGCAAGAACAAGCGGGGAUACAACCCUGACGUCGACGACAAGGACUCGGAGUACCUGUAUGGCUCUGACUUCGAGGUGGAGGAGAUCUCAGAAAAGGAGGAGUUCAGUGACUCCAGGAGCGUGAGUGACGAUGACAUAGACAUAGGGGAGCUGGAUGAGGACGAGGGACUGUCAGAUGGGGAGGCGUCCAUCUCCAGCUUCAGCACCAAUGGGGGGACGCCCUCCAAGGUGCCCAGCUCACGUCCUCAGACGCCCAUCCCCGUAUGGCUGCAGGACCGUGAUUAUCCUCCCCUGGACCUGCCCGAGUCCUCCGACGACCUGCUCCUGCCCCAAGCCUACGUCCUGCGGGCCGUGAGCAUCUACGAGGUGUUGCGGCAUUUCCGCACGCUGGUGCGGCUCUCGCCCGUGCGGUUUGAGGAUUUCUGUGCGGCUCUCAUGGCAGAGGAACAAAGCUCCCUGCUGGCCGAGGUGCACAUGAUGCUGCUGAAGGCCCUCAUCCGGGAGGAGGACUCGCAGCAGACUCAGUUCGGUCCCCUCGACCAGAAGGACUCCAUCAACGUCAUCCUCUACUUCAUUGACGCGCUGACCUGGCCAGAGACGCUCCGGCUGUACCUGCAGAGUGACUACGAGUUCAGAGACACUCUCUCCAUUCUGGACAGUUGCGACUACCCCUACACAUCCCUCGAGAACAGAUUGCAAGUGCUUCAGUUCCUGUGUGACCAGUUCCUACAGACUUCAGUAGUUCGGGAAGAUCUACUAAGUGAAGGCAAGCUUCGAUAUGAUGAUCACUGCCGUGCCUGUCAUAAGACUGGAGAUCUCCUCUGUUGUGACUCGUGUUCUGCUGUUUACCACUUAGACUGUGUGGAUCCGCCACUCCAGGAUAUUCCAGGAGAAAUGGAGGAUUGGACCUGUAGUGUUUGCACAGCUCAUCAGGUUGAAGGGGUAACUGACUGCAUUUCUCCAAUGGAAACCUCAGGGAUACUAUGCAGGCAGGACCCUUUAGGAUUUGAUCGACAUGGCCGAAAAUAUUGGUUUUUGGUCAGAAGAUUAUUCAUAGAAACCGAGGAUGGCGAAUUGUGGUACUAUUCGACACGAGCACAAUUUGAGGAGGUCUAUAGUCUGCUAGACAGUGCAGAUUUGGAGGAGGAGCUAUGUAGUGCCCUUCUGGAUGUGAUGUCAGAGAUAAAAAGACACAUGUCAUUGACAGAGAGCAUCACAGAAGAGAACAAAGGGAACCGGAAAUCUCGCCUUGAAGUGGAAGAUGCUGAUGUAGCAAAAAGAGUUGCUGAGAGAAGAGAACAAAAGGUGAAAAAGGAACAAGAAGGAUUAGAUAAGUUAAUUGAAGAGAUCAAGGAGGAAGACAUCAAGACAGAAAUAAAGGAGGAGCCCGAAGAGUGCAACAUGAAGACUGAGGAAGGCCACGUCUCAAGCCUUGAUCCAUUCACAGGCGAGAUUCAUGAGAAGUCCUCCAAAUCCUCUAAUGUCUCCAGUGGCCACAUCAAAGAGGAAGUAGAGGUCAAGGAGGAGCAUGAGGAUGAGGAGAAGAGCAGUGAGAGUGGCAUCAAGACUAGAACCAAGACCGGGACGAUCACCCCCAAGCAAUUUGCGGUUGAUGAUUUGCGGCGUCGCCUGCCCGUGGAGGAUAAGGACAAGGACAGCAGCAAGAAGGCUUCGGAUGAUGCAGCAGUGCACAAGCUCACACAGAGUAAGCUGGCUCAGCUUCAGAGCAAUGAUCAUUUGUACCGACUGGGAUGUGAUGGAAAGUAUAAGAACUAUGUCAAUCAGUAUUCCACAAAUUCCCUUGCUCUCAACAAGUUGCAGCAUAAUGAGGAAAGGGAUAAACGAAGACAUUUGUCACACAAAUUCAGCCUAACCUCAAAUGCAGACUUCAAGUGGAAUGGAGUGCUUUAUGGUAACAAGGAAUCCCUUGUAUCAACUCUUCGUCACAGUGUGUUGGCCUUAGAACAGAAUAUAUCUGUUCACCUAUUCCAUCCCCACUGGCCUAACAUCCGUAAGGCCUGGAAUGUAGAAGUGAUGGCUUCGACUGAGCCACGGCAUUUCUCCAGGGUCCUCAUGUGGCUGGUGGCCUGUAUUAAGCCGGUGGUCUUUAAUCCUGUGUGGCAUGAAUCCCUUGGGCAUGUCAGGUUUAACCGAGUGACAGCACUAGAGAGAGAAGAAAAAAAGAAGCAGGAGAAGAGAGAGAAGAAAGAUAAUGAUCAAGAGGAAGUGAGACCUGUGACUAUCAUUAAGUACACUCUUGGGCUGAAGCAUCAGGUAUGGAAGUUAAAAGGUGAGGAAUACAGAGUGCAUGGUAUGUGGGGUUGGCAGUGGUUGUCAUCACACAGGCGAGCCCCACACACACCCAUGUCUACUGUUGGUCUUCGUGCUGGUGGAGAAAAAUACAUGGUGCCCAUCAAAAGCCCAACUGGACUACGCAGUCUUUCAAUCAACUAUGCUGUUUAUAAGCAACUGGCGUCUAAAGCGCCAUCCUUAAAGCCUUGCCUCCUUUCUCCUAAACAAAGGUCUCAAGAGAUGGAGGUUGAAUCUUCUUCAGAGGAGAAGAAAAACGAAAUCAUAAUAGCUAGUACAACUGGUCAACAGAAAGUUGUAGUUGGCACAGUAAAACUUGAGGAUUACUUUGAGGAUGGUUUGGUCAAUGUGUCUGAAGCCCUCACCUCACGUUCACGCUUCCUUUACCCCAAAGUUGCCAAAACCUCUGUUCUUGACAGUUUGUUAAGUAGACGGAUUGCUCUCCGUUCACAAGAAGAGAAAGAUCUUGCAACCAAGAAAUCUCAGUGUGGAGAAACAAAGAAAGAUGAGGAGGAAGAUGAAAUAGAUGUUGAGAAUGAUGACUCGGAUGCAACGCUCAGUGACAACUCAGACCAUGAGAACAUUGAUGAGAUCCCAGACUCCCAGCGAUCUACCAUACACAAACAGAGACCUGCUGGAAACUUACUUAAGGAAGUUCGAACUUUAAAAGCCAAAUAUGAGACUCUAGAUGAGCUUGAUGGCAAUUAUUCUUGUUACUCAGUGAUAUGUAGAAGUAGUAGAAGGUGCCAUUGUUACUCUCCUUUGUGCCUGUUAAAGAAUAGGACUAAAGACAGAUUAAUUAAUAGUGUAAAAAAUUAUAGAAUAGUUACCAGUAAACCAGCUCCUUUUGAUGAAGUAGGAGCCCAUAGCCCAGUCAGAUUGACAGAUUCUAAUGCAAACUCUGUUACAAAGAAAGAGACUGUUAGUGAAUCUGUGACCCCACCUACCAGUACUGUAGGAACUACUGUGAAUGGGCAAGUGAAUAGUGCUACAUCAAACUCAGUUGAGGUGAUGCAAUCAAAAUUAGAGUGCAGUGAUUCGAGUGAUGGAAGAUCCUCCAGAGCCAGUAGUGAGAUUAAGAUAAGAGUGGAUGAGGAUUUAGAUGAAACAAGCCAAGGUUCUGUUAAUAUGGAACACAAGUUUUCCCUGAAAAAUGACAGAAUUUAUAGCAAUGAGUGUCCUUCUGGCAAGGUGUACCUGAAGAAACUACCUAGUGAGAGCAAACGAAUACGUAAAUUGCAGCACAGGAUACCACAGCUCUCUACAUUCAAAAUUGGCAAGAAAACGGGUAGUGGUGACAACAGAAUAAGUAGUAUAUUAGUUUUACCGAGAUGGGAACUGCGUACGUUGGCAAGAAAGGGUGGUCGGUACUAUAUCAGUGGAUUUAACCACAAUGCCAAAGCGAACAAUGUUGUAUGGCCUUAUCCUUGUUCAAGACCUGUGUUUAAGACAACUUGGCAGUACAGAACAGCAAAUAUACCAUCAUUAAACUCAGCUGCAAUGCAGUUAAGAAUAUUCUGGGUGUGUCUGCGUUGGGAUGAUAUGCAAGAAAAAGGUCCAGGGGAUGGUAGGAAGCAAAUCACAACAGACAUGGAAAUUAUCCAAACAGAAAUUUUGAAAAGAAAGCAUUCUGGACGAUUCCUAGAGAAAACCGAAUAUCUGCGGAGAAAAGUGACAAUACCUUUUGAUGUUCCUAAACCUGUAAGAGAAUUCACUCCAUCACAACGAAGUGGGUUGAGAAAACGUCGGAGAGCACAAUCACCUGUCAACAAACAACCAGAGAGUGUGGAAGAAUGGGUGGAAGAGGACAAGUUGGACUUGUGGGAGAUCAGAUUCUUUGGUGAACGGUUGGAGAGAGCUUCUGUUGUUACCAAGCGUUCUGUAGGGGAUCGUGGGGAGUCCGUCCAGACAGUGACCACACGUGGAGCAUCUCCUGCAGAGAUUAGGGCACGCAUGGAGGAACAGUUGAAGAUCCAGAGAGCAACUUUCAAUCAGAAGAAAGCCCUAGAAAGCACUCCUCUUGCCAAAGGUGGUGUAGUGAAGCUCUCUUUGUGCUCUGCAGCAACUCUUACGGCUACUUCUGGAGCAAAACUAGCAAUACCAUCCAACCCUGGAGCAACAACUAAAGUUGUGCAAGCAGGGUCCUCAACUAUCAUGGCUGUGAGUGGACAAAUUCCAACUAUUGUAACUGGAAAGAAGAUCAUGACUACAAGAGAUGGUCGUAUAAUAACAGUGCAGACGACAGCACCCAACAGCAGCACCACACAGCAACAGGGAAAUUCAGAAAACAGUGGUAUUAGUCUUGGUAGUAGCACAAUCUUUCCUGUUGGAAGUGGUCCAAAAGUCCAAGUUACUCCUCAGGGAAAUAAAAUCAUCAGAUUACAAGCUGUUGGAAGUGGUGGUGGACAGAGGAUGAUUUUACCCAGGUCAACAAAUUCAGCUGUGUUACAGUCACGGUUUCCAAGGCCAGUAGCUCCAGCAACCACAGUCACUACAAACACUACCACAUCAUCAUCUACAGGAGGUACAGUUGCUACUCCUCGUGUACCAGGACAACAAAUACAAAUUAUCAGACUGUCAGAUGGCCAGCUGCAAGUCAGAGGACUCUUAGAGGGACAACAGUUGGUUCAGCGUCCUGAUGGAAAAUUUCAGCUCAUUCAUACAAAAAGUGCUGUUGCAGCAGCCAACACUCCUGCCACCACUUCAGUGUCAACUUCUUCCACUAUACAAGUGACACAGCAAACAAAAAUGGUUCAGCCAACAACAGUUAUAAGUAGUGGUUUGACUGGAUUGGAUAAUGCCAACAAAACUACAAUUACAGGAAGUUCUACAGUUACCAGUCCAACCACUCAUGUCGUGAAGGUAAAUGGUCAACAAGUCCUUUUGAAACACAGCAGUGAAAAUAAACAAGUUGUUACUGUAGGUGCUAGUGAAGCAGCAGCUGGGACCCCUCCUUCAGGCACUGCAAGACAGGUUGUUGUUCAAAGUGGACAGACAUCUCCACGCAUAAAGACUAUGCUGGCUCCUGAUGGCACCAUGGUGAAAACGGUGUUAUCCAACAAUACCACUACACCUGUAAUGUCUCCAACAAGUACCACUGCCACUGCUACAUCAACAAGCACAACAACAUCCAGUGAUAACCAGAAUACUGCUAGCUCUGGUAGCAGUUUGACAUUGAGAGUACAAGUUCGCAUGACAGAACAAGGUCCAAAGACAAUUAUUCAAGGACUCCAGCCUGGUGUUGGUUUGACAAAGGACCACAUAAUGGCUAUCCAACAGCAAGUUCGGAAUAUGCUUGCCCAGUAUAAUUUACAAGUAAAUCAGUUGUCACCAGUGAUGGCAUUAACGCUUCAUGUGCCAAACAAGCAACAAACAUCCUCAGCUUCAUCCCAGUCUCAGGAUGAGCCACAGCCACAACAGGCAGCUACACAACAGGGACAGCAAAGCUCUGGUGGAACAGUAUUUAGAAGUCUUCUAGCAUCUCCACAGGUUUUGCAAUCUCCAGCUGUUAUUACUGUAAAGAAUGCAGUGACGGACUCGGGAACAAAUGCAAAUGAUAACAUGGCUUCAGAGUCGGAAGUAACCCAAUCACUGCCCACGAGUGUCUCUCCAAAUGAUGAGAAGAAACUGACAUCACCUGUGUCAUCACCUAAGAAGUUUGUUCUCACGCAAGAGUACAUUCAACAGACAAUAAAGUCUGCUUUAAGUAAAGAAGACUUAGCUCCAGAUAUUGAGGAGAAGUUAAUGCAAUUACAAAAGUACAACAGUGAACAGACAAAGAAGGAGGAAGGAACAGGCUUGCUCACAUCAUCAUCUACAGCUGUGACCACAAAUUCUGCCACGAGGAACACUACCUCAAAAAGGAUCAGGGACCAGGAUGAUGAAUGGGACUCGAGUGAAGUGAAACAAAACCUAGUCACAUCAAUGCCACCUCAGAAACCACGGCCAAAAAAGCAGCGGUCAGAUUCCAGGCCCAGCGAGACCAGCAAACCAAAGAAAACCUCGGCAAAAUCUGAAGCCGUUGACGCAAGGAAGAAGCAAGCUCUUCAGCACAAACUUGAGUCGCUCAUGUCCCGUCAUAAAGACCUCUUGAAGAAGGAUAUCCUGAAAAAGAGAGCACAGUUAGAGAAGGAGCUCCAAGUUGAAAUACAUAAAGAGUUGUCUGUGGCCCGUUUGCAGCUACAAAUGUUGGAAAAGAGCAAGCCAGAAACACCAAUGCCCACUCAAGUUAUUUCACCAAGAAAAAAGAAGAUUGUUACAGAGUCCCCAACAACACAAAUGUCAUCAUCUGGUGGCCUUGCCUUAUCAGCAGACUCCCCACACCUGCCUCAACCACCCUCAAACUCACAAACUCCCACAAACAAGGCACCAGUGUCCACUAAAUCUCCUACAUCUGCAAAAUCAACAGGGAAGUCUACCUCUGCAAAGAAAUCAUCAAAGAACAAAAACAAGAAGAUUGUUUGUAUUUGCCGUACACCAUUUGAUGAUACAAAAUUUUACGUUGGCUGUGAUCUGUGUGGCAACUGGUUCCAUGGAGACUGUGUAGGCAUCACAGAAGCCAUGAGUCGUAGCAUGACUGAAUAUGUCUGUGAUGAUUGUGCAAAUGCCAAGCUCAAUAAAGAACUCUUCUGCUUUUGUAGACAGCCAUAUGAUGAAACUCAGUUUUAUAUUUGCUGUGAGCAGUGUGAGGACUGGUAUCAUGGCAAGUGUGUGGGUAUCAUGCAAGCAGAGGCUGAUGACAUAGAUGAUUAUAUUUGUCCCAAAUGUGAUUCAAAUAAUGUGUGGAAUUAUCCAUGUCAGAAGAAUCUCACAUCAAAGGAUUACACAGAACUUAAAAAAGUCACCAAAAGCCUUAUACAACACAAAAAUGCGUGGCCAUUCCUUGAGCCAGUGGAUCCCUCAGAGGUACCUGAUUAUUAUAAAGUUGUUAAGGAGCCAAUGGACCUCAAGACAGUAGAAAGUCGUGUGGAAGCCCAGUCAUACCAGCAACUCGCCCAGUUCAUUGGGGACGUCAUGUUGGUGUUUGACAACUGCCGACUCUAUAAUCCUCCUAAUUCUUCCUUCUGUUCUUGUGCAGCAACACUAGAGACCUUCUUCUGUCAGAAGCUUCGGAGUCUGAAGCAAAGACUGAGUCAGAGGUAGUUUUAAAAGUGGACUGUGGAAAUUGCAAUAAUUGUCCUUACAAUAUCUAAAAUUUGACUUUGCCGAUGCAACACUGGAGUGUGCAUACAGUUACCCCAGUAGUGAAGGAUGGUUGUGAGUAAACAACAGAGUACUGAAUUGUUGUCAUUGAUAUGAUUUUGUGUAGUAUAUCAUUAUUAUUUUUCAUUUUUUUAUUUGAUUUAUUUUUUUAUGGGUGUGUGUACAUUCAUGCAUGUGUGUGAGAUAAUCAGCAAAGUCAAACUGGAUUAUCAUAUCAUUAUGCAAUUUAUGCAUUGAAAAGUGUCGUCUUGUGGCUGCAGAAAUGGUCCAUUUAGGUCUUGUUAGCAUCAGAUUACAUUGGAGAACUGUUGCACCUUCUACAGAUUUUAUUUUUUUAUAAUUUAGUAUAAACAGAAAUUAAUGACUACUAAAAAAAAAUUAUAUUGCCUUAUGAUGAGGAGCAUAAUCUUGUCAUCCUGUUUUUCAGUUUGGAAAAUUGUUUGAAUUUUCCCCUCCCUCACAAUUUUGCUUCAUAAAAUGUAGUUACUGAAUUUUGAGAGAGUCCCGCAUGAGGCAGAUAAAAUUUAUAGUUGUUAUUCUGUUUAAUAAGAAUAUCAAAAUAUACAGGAUUAUCUUCUUCAGUGUCAGCAGUGAAAAUGUGCAUUGUAUUUUAUUUUUUAUUUUUUUCUUAUUUUUUAACAAAGAUGUAUGAGAAUGUUUUUUGAGGAAUUUAUUAUUGAGAAUUGUUGAGUGCUAAGCUGCAGAAAAAGUGAUUUCUGUCAUCUUUGCACAUAUAUGUUAUGCAAUAGCUUAGUGUAACAUGAUAUUGUACAUAGAGAAUUUGUAUGUACCCUAUUGUACAUUAUAUUUCUGUAGACUAUACAUACCAGGUACACUUUGCAUUAUUAAGAGGCACAUUAUUUUUACUGAUGAUGACCAUAUCAAUAACAUUGAUAUAACAUAAAGUGUAAUGAUAUGUAACACAGUAGACUCAUAUUUAAUCAGCUAUUGUCAUAUACCUGUAAUCCCUUUGAGUGUUACUUCAAUUUCUUUGAUUAGUCAGAUAGUGGAUAUCACCUUUAUGUGACAUUCCUACUGUAGAUAUACUUUGAGAAAUGAGUCGCACAAAUUAAUAACAGUGUCCCGUGAUAAAUAGAAUAAAUAUGUAAGAGAACUGCUAUAUGCGUCUGUUGUUGGAAGUACAAUUCAGUGGGAUGACAGAUGCUCUGUGUUCCAUGAAUAUUUUAGACACCUAUUUAUGGACAAUAUACUGAAAGCUGUCCCUCCUUCCCUUCAUAGCUCGAGUUUUAAUUCCUAGAUUCUUCCUCGAGCAGUCUUGCUGGCCUUGUAAAGGAUUAUAUUUGUAGAUAUUGCUCUGCGUGUGCUCCACUACUGCAAACCAAACAGUUUGAGUGGCUCGUUAAUUGACUGCUUGUACAAAGAUAGCAAGGUUAUUUUAAAUUUGAGUAGGUACCCAACCUCAAUCUCAUAUCCUGAAACUUCAGGGCCAAGUCAACCUUUUUACUUUUAGCUGUAAAUGUGAAAAAGAAGUGUCACCAACAAAGUGGUACCAAAAGUUGUAUUGCUAGGUGACAAUUGUAAGUAUUUUUACAGAUUUCCAUAGUCCUUUUAUUCAUAACACUCAUUCAGCACAUAUGAUAUAUGUAACUUCCUGGUUUCAAAAGGCAUACUUUUGUGCACAUUUGAAAUGGACACGCUAAACACAUGUACAUGUUUACACUUUGUUGCCAAGUUGUAUAUGGCUGUUCAUGGUCUUCACAGCCUCAUCUCAGCUAAGUACAAAAUUUAUCUUUGUGAAGACAUGUUACCAUGGAUAAACAUAUUUGUAAAGGUAAUUUGUAAUAAGAGUGCAUUUGUUUUAUAAAGUCGAGUAUUCUAAA